UCUCCCCGCCCAGCGCCUCCGGUGGGUGGGUCCACGCUGAGAUCUCGCACACAAAGACGCAGAUCUGGCGCGAAAGCACUUUUACCGGCAGCGGGCUGGGGGAGGGUGCGGCUGCACUGCACCACGCGGAUCGAUCGUUGUUGCCGUUGUAACAGGACACCCGCUUUAUUUCCGCAGGGAAAAAAAAAAAACUUUUCUCGUUGUUCAGGUUAAACGGCCGUAAAACAAAGGCGGCUGGGGAAGCGCGCUAUUGUUUAGUGUGCGCGUGUGUACCGGAGUUCUACCGGACGCUGCGCUUCUUUGUUCUGUUCUGCGCGUCCCGUAGACUCAGCCUGGACUUUGCAGGUCUGCGACCCCAUGAUAAUCUUGUAGAAGUUCUGCAGCAAUGCCUGGAGUCAACACUCACACACUGUACGGCUGGGACAUGGAGCACUACUUUUUUGAUGAGAUGGACACCGAGGAGGAUUUCUUUAAGUCUACAGCCCCUAGCGAGGAUAUAUGGAAGAAAUUCGAGCUGCUUCCCACCCCACCCAUGUCGCCCUCAAGGACGCUAGAUGGGGACUGGCUACUGUCGUUAACGGGGGACCGGCUCGGGUGGGCGCCGCCAAAGGUGUUAACAUGUGAUGAGGAGUACGAGGGGCUGCACAAGUUCGACCCACUGGACAUUUUUGGGAAUCUGGGCUCUAUCGUUAUCAAAGACUGCAUGUGGAGCGGCUUUUCCACGAGUCACCGGCUGGAAAAAGUGGCUCAUGGCGAGCGAGCUCCUGUGACUGCUCAGAUUCAGACCUCGAGCGCACAGAAAGCUGCUCGUGCCGCAUCGGGCACGCCCGUGACCGGGACCCAGGCGGCACAGUGUGUGAACCCCGCCGCAGUCCUGGAGCUCCCUGUCCCGCAUAACAAGAAAGUGGCAGUGGGCUCCUCCGGUUCUGAGUGUCGCUCUGACUCAUCCGAUGACGAUGAGGAUGAUGACGAGAUUGACGUUGUGACCGUAGACAACCGACCAAAACGUGGCCGCCCUCCAAGUCGCCGUACGCCAGUAACCAUUACAGUGAGUGCUGAUCCAUUUGGACCAUGUCCCAAGCGCUUCCACGUGUCUCUGCAUCGGCAGCAGCACAAUUACGCCGCCCCCUCCCCUGACACUGAUCCUGAGGAUGACUUUGAUGAGAUUGAGUCUGUGAGCAAACGGCCACGUCUGGAGCCUUCAUCCUCUCCCUCAUCUCCACUUUCUUCACCUGCCACAUCAGACUCUGAGGACUCCAGCGAGCAGCGUCGGAACUUUCUGGAGAGAAAGAGGAGAGAUGACCUUCGCUCGAGGUUCCAGGCGCUCCGGGAGGAGAUUCCUGGUCUUUCUGCAUCCUCGAAGACCUCGAAGGUGGCGAUUCUGACGCAGGCGACGGAAUACUUGCUGCAGCUGCACGCGAGCCAACGGCGUCAAGCUCAGGAGAAGAGAAAACUCAAAGCCAAACAACAACAGCUUCUCCGCAGGAUCAGCGUAUUACAGAACUCCUAAAGAAAAAGUAGUCCGCUUUAACUCUGCACAAUAUUUCCAAAGCUCAUUAUGGACGAGAACUCAUUGUCAUUCACUGAAAUGACACCUAAAACACUGCAGGGAGAUCUUUAAAACUACAUUGAAUUAUGCCCUUCUUGAAGGGAUCUGUAUAUGUAUGUGCUGGGCUUUCAACUUCAGUUGAGAUGUGGAGAACUUUGUGUGAGAAGACAAUGACAAAUGUGCACAUGCAAUGCCUUUAUAAACCUCAGCAGAUGGCGACGCAGAGGAAGUUAAAUUGAUGAAUUUACCUCCGUAGCGAGAAGGGUGGGUGGUGUUUGUAUGCAUGUGGGUGGUGUGUAGGGUGUAUAAUGUGAGGGGAGCAUGGUGUAGAAAAUUUGAAGUGUCUUGUUCAUAACAUGGUCUGUACAAAAUCUGCUGUAAAUACUGUAUUCAGAGGAUGUUCUCCUCCUGUAUCUACUCACGAACUGCACAGAGAUUCUAUUUUGUUAAAGAAUAAAGCAUCUAAAAUGACAAGUGGCUUU